GAGGCUGUCAAGUGCGUCACAUGAAGGGUGUUCUCUGCAGACAGGGCGUCCAUAAUCAAUGACCAAACACAGCAGCCAAUCACAGGCCGCAUGCUAAUGAGGAGGCUUUAAACCCUCUGAUGAAUCGCUUCUUUGCAGACUGACCGGAUUGUAGCAGCACACACCGGGAGACACGGCAGGUCCCAGCAGCACCUCCACCACUUCUGACUCCACUAACUUUUUCUACUCUCCACCUUAUAGCGUCACUAACCGGACCUCCUCACAUCCACGGGACUAUCUCACUUGUGUUGAAGACGGAAGAGCUCAGCUGACAGGGAUUCACAUUCUGUUGAUUUGUUUCAGUCUUUUUUUUUUUUUUUUUUUUUUUUCAAUUACCAUCGCCAUGUCUUGCGGUGAUGCGUCGGAUCAGAGUCGGCGGUUCUGUGUGUUGUCUUGGGAUCAGGUGCAGCGCUUGGACUCGAUCCUGGGGGAGGCUGUCCCCAUCCACGGCCGAGGAAACUUCCCCACUCUGUCCGUGCAGCCACGGCAGAUUGUCCAGGUGGUGCGGGCGAGGCUGGAGGAGAGGGGUGUGUGUGUGAAAGACGUGAGGCUGAACGGCUCAGCUGCCAGCCAUGUGCUCCACCAGGACACUGGACUGGGCUAUAAGGACCUAGACUUGAUCUUUGGCGUGUCGCUGAAAGAUGAUCAGGCCUUCCGUCUGGUGAAGGACGUCGUGCUGGACUGCCUGUUUGACUUCUUGCCAGCCGGGGUCUCCAAGGAACGCAUCACGGCACUGACCCUCAAAGAGGCCUACGUACAGAAACUGGUCAAAGUCUGUAAUGACACGGACCGCUGGAGCCUCAUCUCGCUGUCCAACAACACGGGCAAGAAUGUGGAGCUAAAAUUUGUGGACUCUUUACGGCGGCAGUUUGAAUUCAGCGUGGACUCCUUCCAGAUCUGCCUCGACUCUCUGCUCUUAUUUGACCGCUGCUCGGAGACGCCCAUGUCUGAGAGCUUUCACCCCACUGUGGUCGGGGAGAGCGUGUACGGGGACUUCAAGGAGGCCAUGGACCACCUGUGUCAGAGGACCAUAGCUACACGCAGCCCGGAGGAAAUCAGAGGCGGCGGCUUGUUGAAGUACUGCCACCUGCUGGUGCGAGGGUUCACGCCCUCGUCGGAAUCGGACAUGAAGCACAUGCAGCGCUACAUGUGCUCGCGCUUCUUCAUUGACUUCUCUGACAUAUGCGAACAGCAGAGGAAACUGGAGGCCUACCUGCAAAACCACUUCGCCGGGAUGGAGCACAAACGGUACGAGUGCCUGAUGACUCUGCACCAAGUGGUGAACGAGAGCACCGUGUGUCUGAUGGGCCACGAGCGGCGCCAGACGCUCAGCCUCAUCUCCAUGCUGGCUCUGAAGGUGCUAGCUGAGCAGAACGCCAUCCCCACUGUAACAAAUGUCACGUGUUACUACCAGCCGGCUCCAUACGUGCAGGACAUCAACUUCAGUAAUUACUAUAUUGCACAUGUGCAGCCGCCGCAGAUUUCUCCGUGCAGUAACUCAUAUCAGACGUGGCUGCCCUGUAGCUGAACUGGCUGUAAGGAGAGCAGAAGUGGACACGUCUCCACCGCUCUUUAGUGGAAGUGGACUGAAAAUACAAAAAAAAAGCAACUCGUUAUUUUUGCCAAAUGUGACUAAAACAAUCCUGUACUGCUGUACAUCUGAUUGAGCCGACACAUUAAUUUUUCUCACUUGUAUUCUCUUGCAAAACAUCUGUAAGAUUGCUGGUCAUUUCUGAGAUGUAGCGACAAUAUUUUGUUUAAGUAUUAAAGUCUUUAUGAAGCUUUAUAUAUGUCAAAAAUACAUUUUUGAGGAAGCAA